CAGAUACUCAAAAUGAUACACCAUCAACCGACGAAGUACCACCAUGCGAAUCCGCUGACUCAUUUCCUUAACCUUCACACAUCGCAAGCGACGGCAGCUGCCGCAGCAGCCCUGGCGUUGGCCACCGAUGGGCUGUCCCACGGUCAUCAUUCCCAUCAACAUCAUCCGCCUGCUGCGGGUGCGAGUUCCACAGGACAUCAACUUCAGCUGGGUGCGCCCUGUGCCAAUCCACAGGUCCAGCAGUCACGGCAGAAUGACGGAGUUAAACGCGCAGGACAUCGGGACAGAUCCUCACGGUGUUCCCGUACGGAUGAAGACGAGGAACAGGACGAAAACAGCACCGACAGAAGCUGCCACGGUGAGCUCGGAGGUCGUGAGCUGAAGCGUGAAACGUUUGAUCUGAUGACCGAAACGUGCCAGGGCGAUGUAAGUGAAUCGGAGCACCAUGUCGACAUCGACGUCGAUGAUCCUGAUCCACGGGACGACGAUGGGCGAGUGUCACAUGGAGUUGAGAGCGAUCGAGAUGAGAAGGACGCCAACGAGGAAGAGGAAGACGACGACGAAGAGCUCACCAUCGACGAGACGGAAGGGCGUAGGGAUUCGCGAGAAAACGUUCCAAGUAACCGUGGGUCCUGUGCUAGUCCCUGUCACGAUACGACAACCUCGGUGCUCAAUACGGAUGGGCUUGUUGGGAAGUCCUUUACGAUAGCCGCCAUACUGGGGCUGCGAAAGAAGCAGGAUGAGGCAGCGGCCGCUGCAGCAGCUGCCAGCGAAUACAGCGAAGGAGUGAUGAACCUGUCCACCGGUGCCGGAUUUCAACAACACCAGCAACAACGAGUUACAGCGGCGGCCGUAGCAGCAGCUGCGAUGGGACGAUUGCCCCUCGUAAUGGCGGCUGCAGCCGCUGGGAUGGAAAAGCGCGAUCGCUUGGACAGUGUGGACAGCGUCGAUACCAACUGUGGAGGAUCGCUUGGGUACGCGGGACAACAGCCUGCGAGUGGUCCGUUGACGGCAUUGCAAAACUUUCAUCAACUUCCCGGACUGCAUGGUGCCGGUGGGAGCUUUUCUGCGUUUCAUCCUUCGAAUGGCACCAGCGCAGGUGGUGGUGGUGGUGGUGCGGUAGGAUCCGGCGGUCAUUCGGUGUCACAUCCCGUGCAACACCACCAUCACGCGCAUCAUCCACAUCAUCACCAGGUCAAUGGCAGUUUUGGUGGACAUCCGCAUUUCCACCAUCACCAGGGUCAACAGCAGUUGCCACACCAGCAGCAGCACCAGCAGCAACAACAUCAACACCUGCAACACCACUCGAUUCAUCAGCAGCAGCUGCAGCAGCAACAGGCGUCCUCCGCACUGCAUAUGGCACUGGGGCCACAUCACCAUGCGCAGAAUCACAACAGGGACAAGUAUAAAGAUCUUAGCAAGAAGACUUCCAUGUCUUCCUCGGCGGCUUCUCUUAAGAGCAAACGCGUGCGAACCAUAUUUACUCCGGAGCAGCUGGAGCGUCUGGAAGCUGAGUUCGAGCGGCAGCAGUACAUGGUAGGGCCGGAACGUCUUUAUCUGGCACACACACUGCAGCUGACCGAAGCCCAGGUCAAAGUUUGGUUCCAGAAUCGCCGGAUCAAGUGGAGGAAGCAUCAUUUGGAGAUAACGCAGCAACGGUUGGCGCUGAUCCGGCAGCGUCAGAUAGCUAGUGGGGUUCCAAUUCCAACCGGUGAUCCGCAGAACCAUCUUGGUCAGCAGCAACAACAGCAAGCGGGCAUGAGUGGCGGUCGCAUGAUAAGCGGUAUCGAAUCUCCAGAGCUCACGAUUUGUACCGAUUCGAUGGAAGCAAGGAGUGCCAGCGAUGGAGAUGAUUAGGGAGACCGAGCCCUCGAAAUUGGGGCACGCCCAACACACGACUGCCUCAAACGGCAGCAAUAUAUCAUACAGGGAGCGUUAGAUGAAAUAAAUCAGAAACUUA